GCGUUUCUGCACGAAAAGAAAAAAAAACCCCAAAACAGACCAAAACAAAAGGAGCGGCUCCAUGCGUCCAGCAGCAGCAGCCUCCGCCCUCAGCAGCGAUAUUUUUAUGGUUCCCAGCGUCACAGCCCCCCGGCCGGAGGAAUGUAGAGACGGGCCGCUUUAAAAAUAGCAUCCUCCGCUGUGACCCGCCGCUCCGGAGGCUCCGCCGCACUGUGGUGCGAGAAGCAGGAAUGCGAAGAUGGCUGCAGACCUCGGAGAACUGCUGGUCCCCUACAUGCCCACCAUCAGGGUGCCCCGGACCGGAGACAGGGUCUUCAAGAGCGAGUGCGCCUUCUCCUUCGACUCCCCGGAGUCUGAGGGAGGCCUGUAUGUGUGCAUGAACACAUUCUUGGGCUUCGGACGGGAACAUGUGGAGAGACAUUAUCGCAAAACCGGACAGAGUGUCUACAUGCACCUCAAACGGCACGUCAAAGAGAAAGCCACAGGAGCUGCAGGAGGCGCCAUCCCCAGACGGAGGAACGGAAAAGUGUUUCUAGAUUUAGAGCUAAACCGCGACUUUAACGGAGAGGACUAUGAGUACGAGGACGAGGCCAAGCUGGUCAUUUUUCCAGACCACUUCGAGAUCCCGUUACCAAAUAUUGAGGAGCUGCCGGCUCUGGUGACCAUCGCCUGCGAUGCUGUGCUCAACGCACCGUCGGCCUAUAAGAAGCAGGAGCCGGAGUCGUGGGAGGAGGAGAUCCAGGUCUCCAGACACGCCAGGAGCCUCCGACAGCUGGAUAACGGCGUCCGAAUCCCACCCAGCGGCUGGAAAUGUCAGAAGUGCGAGUUGAGGGAGAACCUGUGGCUGAACCUGACGGACGGUGCAGUGCUUUGUGGGAAAUGGUUCUUUGAUGGGAGUGGAGGCAACGGCCAUGCUCUGGAGCACUACAGGGAAACCAACCAUCCGCUGGCCGUCAAGCUGGACACCAUCACCCCAGACGGAGCAGACGUCUAUUCGUUCGAGGAGGAGGAAGCUGUGCUGGAUCCGCACAUAUCAGAGCACUUGUCACACUUUGGAAUAGACAUGCUGCAGAUGCAGAAAAGAACGGAGAACGGCCACCACACAGACAACAACUCCAGGCCGAGGGUCAGCGAGUGGGAGGUGAUCCAGGAGUCGGGAAUGAAGCUCAAGGCGGUUUUCGGUUCUGGCUACACAGGAAUCAAAAACCUGGGAAACAGCUGCUACCUGGGAACGGUCCUGCAGGUUCUCUUCAGCAUCCCAGACUUCCAGAGGAUGUAUGUGGGAAAUCUGCAGAGGAUAUAUGACUAUUCACCUCUUGACCCCACCCAGGACUUCGCCACACAGAUGGCUAAACUGGGACACGGACUGCUCUCAGGCCAGUACGCCAAACCGCCCGUGAAAUCUGAGCUCAUUGAACAGGUGAUGAAAGAAGAAUACAAGGUAUUAAACUGGCAGCAGCAGAAAGGCGUCUCUCCGCGGAUGCUGAAGUCUCUGGUCAGCAGAGGACAUCCAGAGUUUUCCUCCAACAGACAACAAGACGCUCACGAGUUCCUGCUGCACAUCAUCAACCUGGUGGAGAGGAACAGCGCAGGAUCAGAGAACCCGAGCGACGUUUUCCGUUUCCUGGUGGAGGAGCGAGUUCAGUGCUGCCAGACCCGUCGGGUUCGUUACACUCAGCGGGUGGACUGCUGCAUCCAGCUGCCGGCUCCCAUCGAGGCGGCCACUAACCGAGAGGAGCUGCUGGCGUACGAAGCCAAGCGUAAGGAGGCCGAGGAGAACAUGAGGGCUCCUCCAGAACCGGUCAGAGCUCGGAUCCCGUUCACUGCCUGCCUGCAGGCCUUCACAGAGCCCGAAAACGUCCCCGACUUCUGGAGCUCAGCGCUGCAGGCCAAGUCAGCCGGAGUCAAAACUUCCCGUUUCACUUCGUUCCCAGAAUACCUGAUUGUGCAGGUCAAGAAGUUCACAUUCGGGGUCGACUGGGUGCCCAAAAAACUAGACUUGGCCAUAGACGUUCCAGACUUCCUGGAUCUGAACCGGCUCCGAGCCACCGGGCUGCAGGCCGGUGAAGAGGAGCUGCCGGACCUCAUGCCUCCCAUCGUGUUACCUGAAGACACCAGAGAUAACUCCAUGAGCUCCAUAGACUCGCCAGAAAUAGACGAGACAGCCGUGAUGCAGCUGGCGGAGAUGGGAUUCCCUCUGGAGGCCUGCAGGAAGGCGGUUUACUACACGGGCAACAUGGGCCCCGAGAUGGCCUUCAACUGGAUCAUAGCACACAUGGAGGAGCCCGACUUUGCAGAGCCUCUCUUGCUGCCAUCCAUGAUGGAUCCUGGCCCGUCCACCAGCGACAGCCCUCUCGGCACCGCCCCACUGGGCAGCUCGCCCCCCGAGGAGAGCAUUGCCAUCCUCACUUCAAUGGGCUUCCCCCGCAACCACAGCAUCCAGGCGCUCAAAGCCACGAACAACAACCUGGAGCGAGCGCUGGACUGGAUCUUCACCCACCCGGAGGAGGAGGAGAGCGACGCCGUUUCAGACAUGGCCGACACGGAGCCCAACGACAACGCCUUCUCUAACGCCAACUCUCACAGCGACUCCACGCUGUCUCCAGACCGAGACACGACGGGGCCCCGGGUCAAGGACGGACCAGGAAGAUACGAGCUGUUUGCCUUCAUCAGCCACAUGGGAGCAUCCACGAUGUCUGGACAUUACGUUUGUCACAUCAAGAAGGAAGGAAGGUGGGUGAUCUACAACGACCACAAAGUGUGUUUGUCAGAACGGCCUCCUAAAGACUUGGGCUACAUCUACUUUUACCAUCGACUGUCGAGCAGCUAAAGCGGAGCUGCCUCAGCCUUUAAACAAAACGCCGUCUUUCGCCCGGACACCGGCUCACGACUGUAAUAGCGAUGGAAACAACCUCUCAGACCAGCGGCCUGCCUUAUCGCCACGUCCUCCAGGAGCAACCAGGAAACUCUGGUCAGAAAAGGGAAAGCAGCGAGCUUGUCGUGCAUCUGUGUUACGCUUUAAAUGUAUAUUUCAGUGUUUAUGUCUAAGAAGAAAAGAAGAAGAAAGAAGAAAACAGCAUAGGUACAGAGGGGUUCGUGCAAUUUCUACUUCAGGAGUCGGCAAACUGACGUCACAUAUCAGAUCUCACUGUUCCUCCGCUCUGCCUUCGGCUGCUGUUUUCAAAGUGGUACAUUUUAUAAAUGUGUGUUUGACCCGAAAUGCUCUGAAACAGCAAAUAAGAAACUGCCGUGCUGCUUUGCAUUCGACUUUGAGAGAGUCUUUCACCCCCAGGAAACUGAAAGGACGAGAAGAAGGAAGUAGUUUUGGUUGGUUACUGACGGAGAUGUGGGUUUGAGAAUGAAGGAGCAGGUUCUAGUUGAAUAUUUACAGUAUUACAGGCUAAAUACUGCCCCAGAAACUCUCACAAGAAAGUAUUAUUUCCUUCCCUGAAGCACUUUUUCGCUAAAAGAAGCUGCAGCAGAAGUGGACUUUGUAUCUUCACCACCUACGAGCGAUUGAAUGUUUAAACUUCAGUCCUGCUGAACCUGUUAACCCUUGAAGUAUUCGUUCAUCUCAUUUCAUGUACAGAAAACACUUUUUUUAUUCCUUGUUUUUGCCCACAUGGCAGAGUAUUUGCUCACCAGGCAGGACUUUAAGUCGGCUGCAGCUGCUCCUCUCCGGUUCUUCAUCACUCUGACAGAUUCAGACUGCGACCGCAAAGUUAAAUGAAUGCUUUUCCUUUUUCCUGACAUGCUUUUUUUGAAUUUAUUUGCAAGUUAGUCAUCAGGAGUCUUUUCAGAGCAAUAUGCACCUCAACCAGAUCUACUCGUGAACCCGCAGUUUGAUAGAAGCGUCUCUGAAAGCAGCACUGAAUGUAAAAACAACACAGUCACUGCAAACAGAGGAAAGUUACCUCAAAGACUCAGAAUGGCCACAAAAACAUGCAAAAUUAGGACAAAAAUAGGCAAAACUACCCCAGAGACUAAAACUUGCCACAAUAAUGAUGCAAGAUUAUAACAAAAUGGGUGAAAUUGCAACAAAUAAUCACAAAAUCCCCACAAAAAUACACAAAGUUUCCAUAAAAAGAGGCGAAACAACCAUAAAAGAUGCAAUAAGUACCACAAAAAGACACAAACGUAGGACAACAAGAGGCAAAACUACCACAGAGACUAAAAGUUGAUGCAAAACAAUGCAAUGUUGCCACAAAAUGGGUGAAAUUACUACAAAUAGUUACAAAAUCACCACAAAAAUACACAAAAUUUCCACAAAAGAGGUAAAAUAUCCAUAAAAAGAUGCAGAAAUUACCACAAAAAGACACAAAAUCAACAAAAAAAAUGAAAUUUUUGUGCAAUAUUACAACAAAAUGGAUGAAAAGACUACAAAUAUUCACAAAAUCACUACAAAAAUACACAAAGUUUGCACAAAAAAUAGGCAAAAUUACCACAAAGACUAUAAAUCGCUGAAGAUAAGAUACAAAUUCACCACAAUAAUGGCCGAAAUGGACAAAAACUGCAACCAGAUCAGUUUUACAUCCAUCCAGGUGUCACAGUCUGAAGACUAAAUCUGUUUUUUUAAUGGGGUAAUUCACCACUAAAAUGAAUGUUUUUUUCUUUUUCCUGACCAUCGGGAGUUUUUUCAGAGCAAUAUGCACUUGAACCAGAUGUACUGGUUGGAUAGAAGCGUCUCUGAAAUGUACCAACAUGUGCAGCGCUGAAUGUAGAACUUUAUGGUGCUCACUGCUAACAAACAGCUUUACCUGGACGUUUAAAAUCAAUUCAGGAUCAGUUUCAUCUGCGUAACUCGUGAUCAUCAACAACAUCUGGAUUCUUUCUGUUUACAGCCAAGGAUGUACAAACUACACAUAAACUGGACUGGAAAUGGUUUAUUAAUAUUAUUAUUGUUGUUGCAUCUCAAAAGAAAAAGAGAAAGAAGCAUGUUGUGUGUUCAUUUUCUGGUGAAACUGCCUUUCAUUCAUUAAAGCACUGACAGGGGCUCAUUUAAAGAGGAGCUCUGCUGAAAACAAACUCUCCAAAAGCAGCUUUUCUGUUGUGUUAUUGGCUCAAUAACUGGUAUUUCUUAAGAAAAGUGAAGAAACUCUGUUAAAAUAGUGUCUGGAAAAUGAUUUCUUCUUCAGAAUAUUUCCUGAUAACAUCAGAAGAAGUCAUUGGAGUGUCUUUUCUGGAGGGGUAAUGUGGAAAUAUUUCAAUUAAUGUUCAUUUUUGAGAGUAAACUCAACCAGAGACUGGAAAUGGCUGCAAAAGUGAUGCAGUAUUGCCACAAAAUGGGUGAAAUUACUGCAAAUAAUCACAAAAAUACACAAAAUUUCUACAAAAAGAUGGAAAAUUGCCACAAAUACACACAAAAUUUCCUCAAAAAGAUGCAAAAUAGCCAUAAAAGAUGCAAAAAUGACCACAAAAAGACACUACAAAUUUUGUGCAAUAUUUUUACAAAUGGGUGAAAUUACGACAAUCACAAAAUCACCACAAAAAUACAUAAAUUUCCACAGAAAGAUGCAAAAUUGCUGCAAAAAGAGGCACAAUAACCACACAAAGAUGCAAAAAGACCACAAAAUCAACAUAAAAACUAAAGAUUUUAUGCAAUAAUGCCACAAAAUGGGUGAAAUUACUACAAAUAGUCACAAAAAUGCCACACACAAAAAAAUUCCCACAAAAAGAUGGAAAAAUGCCACAAAAAUACACAAAAUGUCAACAAAAGAUGCAAAAUUGCCACAAAAUGGGUGAAAUUAAUACAAAUAAUCACAAAAUCACCACAAAAAUACACAAAUUGUACACAAACAGCUGCAAAAUAUCCACAAAACAAAAUUCCCACAAAAAGAUGCAAAAAUGCCACAAAAAUACACAAAAUGUCCACAAAAGAUGCAAAAUUUCCACAAAAAUACACAAAAUAUACACAAAAAGUUGCAAAAUUACCACAAAAACAUGAAAUUUCCACAAAAAUACACAAUCUCCACAAAAAGAUGCAAAAUUGCCACAAAAAUGGGUGAAAUUAAUACAAAUAAUCACAAAAUCACCAUAAAAAUACACAAAUUGUACACAAAAAGCUGCAAAAUAUCCACAAAAAUACAAAAUUCCCUCAAAAAGAGGCAAAAUAACCAUAAAAAGAUGCAAAAAAAUCACCCCAAAAAGACACAAAACCUCCACAAAAGAUGUAAAAUUGCCACAAAAACAGACCGAAUAAAAAAGAUUUCUUCAUAGUAUCGAUCAAUAAUGUCAGAAAAGGUCACUGGAGUGUCUCUUGUGGAGGACAACAUUAAAUGAAUGUUGGUUUUGUAGAGUAAACUGGUGUUUCUGCAGGUCUCUUCUUUCAUUAACAUCACUGUGCCUGGACUUUUAUCAGAUCUCUUACUUGACAAACUGCUGCAGUGUUAAAAUACUGAACGUCUUCUAUGCAAGUCUUGUGUUUCUGCUCGUCCUCGCUGGUCCUCUGGGUGUUUUUCUGAAGAUGCUUUGUCUCAAACGUGUUCAGAUUUUCAUUUUCCCGUCUCGCCUGUUCGUCUCUCCUGUCUGGCUUUCCCUCCGGCUCGGUCUCUUCCAUUCUUCCUCCUCUUUGUCGUUCACGGUUCGGUUCGCCACAAAAGGCCUCCUUCACUGUCAGCAUGAGCACUAGACGUCGACAUUAAGUCAUUUUGGAUUGUACAAUUGUACUUCUGUGUUUUUUUUUCAUUUAUCUAAAAAAAAAAAGGUUCUUCAUCUGUUUUUACUCUGCUGCCUUUUUUUGCAAACACGUUUGUGCCAAUUCUGCAGUUUUCAUGACCUAGUUUUCCUGAAGGAAAAAUAUUUUACGUUGACUUUUGUAAUGUUUCUCCAGAUAUGGCUUCAGUGUAUAUGAGUAGAGUGGUGGCAGUUCAGUAACCCAGUGGCACUGUUUACUACCAUGUUUGGAUCAUUUAAUAAACUACACCUUUGGUGAAA